AUGUUCGUGAAGAAGCUGGUCGAGAAAGCAGCGAAGAAGCCUGGAGGAAGCUCAACGGAAGGGCUGAGAGCUAAUGACGUAGAGCCACGUGUCGUUCUACAUUAUGGAAUACCAUCAGGAGCUCACUUGUUUGUUUAUGAUCCAUUUCAGAAGAUCCUCGCAGUUUCCACCAAGGAUGGUAGAAUCAAAUUGUUUGGGAAAGAUCAGGCUCAGGCUUUACUAGUGUCAGAAGAAGCAUCCGGAAGCAAGUUUCUUGAGUUUGUUCAAAACCAAGGAAUUCUUCUCAAUGUGAACGCCAAGAACCAGAUUGAGGUUUGGAACUUAGACAAGAAGCUUCUGUCUCAUGUUCAUGCUUUCAACGGCGAGAUCACUUCUUUCCGUGUUAUGCAACAUACUCCUUACUGCUACGUUGGAGAUUCUUCUGGUAAUGUUUCCGUGUUGAAGAUCGAACAAGACUCUAAUCAAGCUAUACAAAUGGAUUACACUAUACCUUAUCUAGCAUCAAAUGGCUCUCCUGUUGAAGCUUCUGAUGAUACUUCAGUUGUGAGCAUCCUACCACAGCCAACAGCUGAAAGCAAGAGGAUUCUACUGGUAUUUAGUAGCGGGUUUAUCACGUUAUGGGACAUCAAAGAAAGCAAACCGGUUCUGAAAACAGGAGGAAACGUGAUGGUAAAGCAAGAUUCAAAGAAAGCGACUUGUGCUUGUUGGGUUUGUCCUUCAGGAAGCAGAGUUUCAGUUGGAUAUAAUAAUGGAGAUAUUCUGAUAUGGAGCAUUCCUUCAAAAGGAGAAUGCUCUCCAGAGAGCUCUGCUAUGGUUUGCAAGCUUAACCUCGGAUACAAAUCCGAGAAAACACCGAUAACUUCUCUGAAAUGGGUUCAUGCAGAAGGCAAAGCAAGCCGGGUUUACGUCAUUGGAUCAUCCUCAAACUUGUUGCAGGUUGUUUUACUGAAUGAGCAAACCGAAACUCGGAUGAUUAAGUUGGGACUUCAUGUAUCUGAGCCUUGUGCUGAUAUGGAGAUGAUCAUAGCUGAUGCUAAUGAACAGAGCAAGCAUAAACAAGAUUAUCUGUUUGUUCUUGGAAAGUCUGGACGUGUGUACGCUUACGAUGAUUACAUGAUAGAGAAGUAUCUGGUUCAGUCUCAGUCAAAAUCACCUCCUUCUCUCCCAAAGGAAACUGUGAUCAAGCUCCCGUUUUCAGAUUCUAGCAGCAUCACAGUGGGAAAAUUCCUCACAAACCCUUCACACUUGCUGAAUCUCUCAGACGAUGAUUAUGCUCAGCUGGCGAAAGAUGCUGUGCCGUUUCUUCCUUUUCAGACAGUUCCAAAGGAAAAUUCUCGUUCUGCACACUUUCCUGGUUUCACAAAGGUUAAGAAUGUUUACAUCACAGGGCAUUGUGAUGGAACCAUUAGUGUAUGGGACAUGACUUGUCCUUUUCCCAUUCCUGUCUUGUUCUUGAAAGAUCAGACUGAUCAAGAUACAUCUUCACGCGGAAAUGCGGCUUUGACAGCUUUGCAUUAUGACAGCAACACAAGACUUCUUGCUUCUGGUGAUCAGAACGGAAUGGUUCGCCUUUAUAGGUUAAAACCUGAGCCAUACCUAACAGAAAACAGUUUUAUUCCUUUCCAAGGAAGCUCAAAGAAAGGGAAUAACCAUAUUGUUCAAAGUGUUAAGAACAUAAAGCUUACUGGUUCCAUAAACUGUAUUCAGAAAAGCCAUAACUCGAAACAUCUCGCUAUUGGCUCAGAUCAAGGGCAUGUUUCUCUGGUCGACAUUGAGGAAGCAACUGUGUUAUACACAAAACACAUUGCAAGUGAUAUCUGCUCAGGGAUCAUCUCCUUGCAGUUUGAGAGUUGCAGUGUGCAAGGAUUCGAGAAGAAUGUGCUAGUGGUUGCUAUGAGGGACUCAUCAGUUUUUGCUCUGGACAGCGACACAGGAAAUAUGAUUGGAACCAACAUGAUUAAGCCUAAAAAACCAUUCAAGGCUCUGUUCAUGCAGAUCCUAGACGGAAAACAUGAAAAUGGAAAUGAUGUGAGCAGAGAGGGCAUAGUUGAGGAUAUUUCAACAAGGCAGCCUUCGGUUUUGAUUUGCUCUGAGAAAGCUAUAUAUAUCUACUCCUUGGCUCAAGUUGUACAGGGAGUGAAGAAGGUGCUUCACAAGAAAAAGUUUAGUUCUUCAUCAAUAUGCUCAGCUUCUACCUUCCAUGGAGCCUCUGGUGUUGGCCUUACGCUUGUUUUCUCAGAUGGAACUGUUGAGAUAAGGUCUUUGCCAGAACUCUCCCUGCUGAAACAAACUUCCAUUAGAGGAUUCACAUAUUCUUCACCAAAACCAAACUCAUUACCUGAGAUGACCAUUUCUUCUUCUUGGGAUGGAGAUCUAGUCAUGGUGAAUGGCGACGAGGAACUUAUUGUCAGCUCAGUUUUACCUCAGAAAGACACAUUUAGGCUUGUGGAGUCCUUGAGCCGAGUUUACAAGAAAGAUAAUGCGGUUUGUUACGAAGGCAUCACCACAUCAGGGGCUGUAACAUCUCCAAAGGAAAAGAAGGGAAUGUUUGGUUCUGUCUUCAAGAGUAAACCAAAGCGGACGGUUGAUACAGAAACAGAAAGCCCCAAGGAAAUUGUUGAGGAGCUGUCUAAGAUCUUUUCCUCAGCUAAUUUCCCGUGGAACAACAACAAUGUUGAGAGUAGCAGAGAGAGCAAUGCAGUUAUGAAAGUUGACGAGAAUGAAGAAGAGUUGGACAUAGAUGACAUUGACAUUGAGGAUCAUCAUCAACCUCAUCAACAACAACAACAAGAGCAGCCUAAAGAACAAGGGAUAUUGUCAGGGAUUAGUAAACAGAAGCUGGCGAAUAAGUUUACCGUCUUCAAAGGUAAGCUAAAGCAGAUGACUGCUAAGAAUGACAAGAGUGUUGUUGCAACCAAUGAAGAGAAACAUGAGGAGAAAGGCGGCAACAGUGUCGAUCAGAUCAAGAAAAAAUACGGGUUUGCUUCCUCAGAUCAGGAUAUGGGAGCUGCUAAAUUGGCUCAGAGCAAACUUCAAGACAACCUGAAAAAGUUACAGGCAAUAAGCUUGAAGACUACGGAAAUGGAAGACACUGCAAAGUCUUUCUCUUCUACAGCUAAGGAAUUGCUUAGUGCUGUUGAGUUCAAUAAUAGACAGAGCUCAAAAUCUUAA